CCAUGGCGCUGUCGCCGACCGCUCCGCAGGUGGCGCUGUCGCCGCGACACCAAACACCGGCCCGGUGCACAAGGAAGGCCCUCGGCGGGGAGAGGCGAGACGGAGGAGGGAGGGAGGGAUGAUGAUGAUGCUGCUGCUGUUGCUUCUGCGUGGGUAAAGACGGAGCGAAGGCCCUGCCCGGGCAGAGACGGAGGAGACUGGGCCCGGUGGUGAAGCCCGACAGGGGACUGGAUGAAGAAGGCCCGGGAGCGAGUGAGUGAGUGAGUGGAGGCCGAGUCGUAGUGAUAGAGCCAGUGAGUGAAUGUGUAGGCUCGAUUGAGAGCGGUGUGUGAAUGUGUGAAGCAAGGACAUGCUGCUGGGAGUGAUUGAAAACGCUGCCGCUCGUGUUUGAAGUCCCCGCUGGAGAGUGUAAUGAGUGAAGGCCCGUCUCGAGAGUGAAUGAAGGCCCCGGCCGUGAAGUGACCGAAGGCCUAUCCUGGCGUGCACGACCACCGCGGAGAGACGAGCCAUCCUCACAAGGGCAGAGUGCCUCACCUGAGCUGCCCCGAGGGUGAUUGAGCUCAGGCCGUCCUCCUCCUCCUCACCGGGCCACGAGCGUCAUGCCGCACCUGCCGGGCGAGGACGACCUUGCCCUGGAGCUCAAGCGGACCUUGAGCAACCCGGCGGUGCAGGGCGACCCCGCGCGCUACAUGGCCGCGCUCAGGAGGGUGGUGGCCCAGACGGCCCGCGGCAGGGACAUGUCCUCCGUCUUCAUGGAGGUGCUGAGGGCCAGCACGGCCGCCGACCUGCCCCACAAGAAGCUCGCCUACCAGUACCUGUGCGAGUACGCGGCCCGCAAGCCCGACAUGGCCCUGCUGGCCGUCAACUCCCUGCGCAAGGACUGCGCGGAUCCCAGCCCCAUGGUGCGCGGCAUGGCCCUCCGCUCUCUCUGUGGCCUCAGGUUGCCGGACCUGGGUGAGUACGUGCAGGGCCCAGUGGCGAGCGGCCUGCGCGACCGUGCCGCCUACGUGCGCCGCACCGCCGUGCUGGGCUGCGCCAAGCUGCACCGCCUGCAGCAGCCCGACGCCGAUAUCGACGCCACUCUGGUGAACGAGCUGUACGGGCUCCUGCGUGACAAAGACCCCGUGGUGAUGGUGAACUGCCUGCACGCCUUGGAGGAGAUCCUGCAGCGAGAAGGAGGUGUCGUCAUUAAUCGGCCCAUCGCUCACCACCUCGUCAACAGGCUGCCGGAGUGCGACGAGUGGGGCCAGGCAGCGGUGCUCUCCUUUCUCCUGCGCUACCAGCCCAGAUCGGAGGGCGAGACCUUGGAUGUGCUCAACCGACUGGAUGGCCUGCUGGAGCCAGCCCGGUCGCCGGGCGUGUCACUGGCCGCGGGGAAGCUGUUCAUCGCGUACACCGGCGGCCUGGGCGAGGCGGUGAGACGCGACGUCCUCGCCAGAGUCGGGGCGCCUCUGCUGUCGGCGUGCGGGGACCAGAGCAUCGAGAUGCGAUACGCGGCGCUGUGUCACGUGCGUGAGCUACUCGGGUGCAACCCGGGCAUGUUCAGUGGCCACUACAAAAGGUUCUUCUGCCGGCACGAGGACCCAGCCUAUGUGAAGCACGUGAAGGUGGAGCUGCUGAGCCAUCUCGCCAACGACCACACCGUGGCCGAGAUCCUGGAGGAGCUCCGGGGCUACUGCACGGACGUGUGCGCCAAUCUGGCGCAGGCCACCAUCCUCGCCAUAGGACAGAUUGGGAGGACGUACAGCGAGCAAUGCCUCAAGAUACUCAUUGCUCUGGUUGGUCUAAGCCAGGAGCACAUCACGUCCGCGGUGCUACAGGCCCUGCGGGAGCUGGUGUGGCACUGGCCCUCGUGUGCGCCGUCCGUGUGCCGCGUGCUUCCGGGCUGCGAGGAGAUCGUGACGGACUCAGAGGGCAAGCGGGCACUCGUCUGGCUACUGGGGCAGCUGGGCAGUGAGGUCCCCGAGGCCCCCUACAUUCUAGAGGAGUACAUAGACGGCUUGUCUGUGGAGACGGUUGCCUUGGUGAGGAUGGAGCUGCUCGUUGCCACGGUGCGCCUCUUCUUGUCACGUCCCGCCGAGUGCCAGGACAUGCUGGGCCGACUGCUGCAGUACUGCAUUGAGGAGGACACAAAUAUGGUGGUGCGAGACCGAGCACUGAUCUACUACCGGCUGCUGCAGUCGGGGCCCGAGUGGACACGCCACGUCGUACUCGGGCCCGGUGGCGCCAGCGGGGACGACGGGGGGGCGGCCUGCGCCCUGCCGCAGGAGCCGCCCUCGCUGCCCCUGUCCGCCGUGCUGCCCCGCUUCAACACGCUGGCGCCGCUGCUUACGCCCCCGCCCCCCGCCGCCCUGCUCAUUCGUCUGGAGGACGAGGACGAGGACACCUCCGAGACACGGCCGCGCACCCAUCCAGACCUCUCAGGGCUGUCCCUCGAGGGCCCGUCAGGGGCUACGCCCCUCUCGCUGGUGACCUCACCCCUCAGCCCAGCGCAGUUUGAGGCUCUGUGGCUCAAGUGGGAGACGGCGCAGACCUUCACGGUUGUCUGGGGCACGAGCUCGGCGUCGACGGCGCAACCGCCCGAUGCAGCGGACACCGGCGGCGUCGCCGUGAACGGCCGGCUUCCCGUGAGCGAGGAUGCUGGUGCAACCGGCAGCCGGGUGGACUCGGUAGCUGUGGAGGCCGGGCUGAGGGCCGUGGGAGUGCAAGUGAUGGCGGUGAGCGGCGCCGGACUGGCGCCCUGGAAGGCGUUCGUGUUUGCGCACGACGCUGACGGGACGCUGUUCCUGGCCGAGAUGGCGCAGGCGGAACGGGCGACCCUUGACGUCGCCGUCAAACAGGGGCCGCCGGACGCGCGACUCCUCGCCGACUUCGUGACGCUGCUCAGGGCCACUCUGCAGGUGCUGGGCGAGGGUGACGUGGCGCUCACGACACCGGAACCGGCAGACGACGGCGGGCAGUGCGAGUGACCGCAAGUGCACCGUGUUGUGCAUGCUCACCAAGCCUUAACCCCCGUCCAACCGGCGGUACUCGGGUACGGUCGGCAGCUACACCUCCAAGUAUCGGGCCUGCGAAUCGAAUGAGGCGAUGGCUGCUGCACAGUAGACGUGUCCAGCAAGCGCAGCACCAGCUGAGAAUACCCAACCUGCUGCUUUCCUAGUAACCUCGUUGCUAGUCCAGCAGUUGAAAGCAGUCCAAGUCAUAUCUGCCUUUGCACUACUGUACUUUGAAAAUUGAGCAAUGCCUUUGCAGUUCACUACUUGGUCCAUGGCUGUGGCCGGCGACUGGUUGUCAGCUUUAUGCACGGCCGUGAAUUGUCGUUCCUUCUUACAGGACAAAUGUUACCCGAAGGAUGUGCAAUCCAUCUGUGAGCUGCCAUCAGAUGUGCUUUAUUUUGUAUUAUAUUAACUACUAAAAAUAAAUGGAUCUUGUGUGCA